AAUUCUAAGUUAAUAUAAGUUGUUUUAUAACUGAAAUGAAGUAAUUAUAGCUUAAUAACAUAUUGCACUGUAAAAAAAAAAAAAGAAAAUAUAUUUAGUAAUGCAUAUUUAUUUGAUAUGGUUCUGGUGUUCAUAGUGCACGCUCUGUUUUGUAAUGAAGCUUCAAACAGAGGAUCAACACUGAAAUACUGGGAAGCAUAUGCUCCUUUGACAAAAAAUAUAGAUGACAACUGUCGAAACAUAGAACAUGAAAAUCUGGUUUCUAUCAUAAAUCGUGUUAAUUCAGAAUAUUCAUUUCGUAGAGAUGUUGCCAACAACAAAGAACUCAUAGAUCAAGGCACAGAAACUGGAAUUUUUCGACUAAAGAACUCAUUGAUACCAAAUGUUCAUAGUGUUUUAUGGAAGUCAUCAAAUGGAUAUGCUUUUGUGUUUGUUAUGGUAGCUGGCGAAAACAUUACAUCUGCAGUAGAUAUUUUAGGUUUAAUUGUAAAAUACUCUUUAAGUAUUUUUAACAUGGCAGAGAAUCAAGACAGUCAGUUACUUCAAUACCCAGAAAAAAUGGUUGCUCUUCUUCAUGUAUUUUUGCCUGCUGGUCAACUACUGUUUCUCAAUCAUCGACUGAUAAAACAACUGGAGAGAGAUUUAAAUAAAAUUUUAUCUGAUAAAAAGUGAAAAAAAAUUAAUUUUAAUUAUUUUAGCAUUAGACAAUAUACGAACACGAAUAUCUUAAUGUAAACUAGGAAAAUAUUUGAAAUUAUAGAAUAUUUUACAAAAUAUUUGAAAUUAUAAAAUAUUUUACAUUAUAGUUACAAUCUUUUGGUGAAUCUUUUUUUGCUAUAUACUGUUUUAAAAAUUAUUUUGUACAUGUCUUAUUUUAAGUGCAUUUUUGUAAACU